GAACCAGAACAUUUCAAAACACACCUCGUAGAAGGAAAGCGAAAGCUCAUCAAAAGAAAAACUUAAAAAAGAGGGGGAAAAACACAAAACUAAGGGAAUCGGCGUUCAGGAUUUGCCUAUUGAAAAUGUCGUGGCAAACUUACGUUGAUGAACACCUUAUGUGUGAUAUCGACGGCCACCAUCUCACGUCAGCGGCCAUCAUCGGCCACGAUGGCAGCGUGUGGGCCCAGAGCUCCAGCUUCCCUCAGUUUAAGCCAAAUGAGAUUGCUGCUAUCAUGAAAGAUUUUGAUGAACCUGGAUCCCUUGCUCCAACUGGUUUGCAUCUUGGUGGCACAAAGUACAUGGUGAUCCAGGGAGAGCCCGGAGCUGUGAUUCGAGGGAAGAAGGGUUCUGGUGGUAUCACAGUGAAGAAAACCAGCCAAGCUCUCAUUAUUGGGAUUUAUGAUGAACCAAUGACUCCAGGACAGUGCAACAUGAUUGUAGAGAGGCUGGGCGAUUACCUCCUUGAUCAAGGCAUGUAGGCUCUCAAUGCCUCAUCAUCUUAGCUUCAUGGUUGUCAAAUACUGAUUUCUGGAUUGAGCAUGCAUCUGGCAUGAACUGGCAUUAUUUGUUUUGCUGGGAAAUAACGUUGUGAGGACAGAAACAGUGAUAUUUUUUUUGCCCACAUUUGUUGUUGAUUGUAGGUCCAUUGCCUUCUGCUUUUCAACUCCCGCUAUCCUUUCUUAAUUUAUGUGUAUUCACGCUCACCUCCAUUAUGGUUGAAUUAAGUUUGCAUAUCUAAAAGUUUGAAUAUUUUGGAUUUAUUUUAUACUACAGAAUGCUAUCUUUGAGUUUCUA